UUAAUUUGAAGGAGAGAUAGUUUUUUGCUUGAUGGGUAUAAAAAGACCAUUAUUGUUCAGCAACUGUAUCAGUCAUAGUUCCGACUACAAACUUACUACAGUUUCAACACAGAUCUUCAAGACAUUCCAAAUCAAAAUCAAAAUGUUCAAGUUGUUGGUGUUGUCUGUUUUCAUUGCCGUUGCUGCUGCUGCUCCAAGUGGUCUCUAUCAUGAAGCCCCAAUUGCUUACGAAUCAGUAGCUGUUGUUGAGCCAGAAUACCAUGUUAGCGCUGUAGUUGAACACAUCCCCACAGCUGUGUCACAUCAAAGCCGCACAGACUAUCACAGCAAACCAGUUGUACACUCUGUUUUGGCUCCAGUUGUACACGCUGCCCCAGUUGUGCAUGCUGCCCCAGUUGUGCAUGCCGCUCCAAUUGCAUACAGCGCACCAAUCUAUACCAGCUAUGCACACAACGCACCAAUCUAUUCUAGCUACGCACACAGCUACGCUCUCGUCGUUCUAAGUGCAUUGAUUGCUUGCGGCACAGCAGCACCAAGCGGAAUUCACGGUGCAGAUCAGUAUGCAUAUGCAGGCCCCGUUGCUACAUAUGCUGCUGCCUCACCUGUGUUGGUUGAACAACCUGCUCUUGCUAAAGUAGCAGAAUACGUUGAACAUGUGCCAUCGUCCGUUUCUCAUCACAGUUCUUCAGUUGUCCACAGCAGUGCUGCUGUAGCAACACCAGUCAUCACACCGGUUGCUAAGACAACUAUUGUUUCAGCACCUGCUCCAAUUUUGCAUUCUGCCCAAGUUGUUGCUGCCCCAGCAAGAACCAUCGUCGAAGCUACACCUAUCGUUGAGGAAAUUCGUGAAGCACAAUAUAUUGCUCCAGUCUUGAAACAAGUAGUACACCAACAGGAAUACGCUAAAGUUGCCGAAGUCGUCGAACACGUACCAUCAUCUGUAUCACACCACAGUUCAUCGGUUGUCCACAGCACAGCCGCUGUAGCAACUCCAGUUAUUACACCAGUUGCUAAGACCACUAUUGUUUCGGCACCAGCCCCAGUUUUACAUUCUGCUCCAGUUAUUGCUCCUGCUCCAAUAUUGAAGGAAGUUCGUGGAAUUGAACAUGAAAUCGUUGAAGUUCGCCCCGAAAUCCACGCACCAGCAGCAUACGCUAAAGUUGCUGAAUACGUUGAACAUGUACCAUCGUCUGUAUCACAUCACAGUUCAUCAGUUGUUCACAAUACUGCCGCUGUAGCAACUCCAGUCAUUACACCAGUUGCUAAGACCACUAUUGUUUCGGCACCAGCCCCAGUUUACAAAGCAGCUCCAUUAUUGAAAACCGUUCCUGCACCAAAUGCCUAUACUAUUCAAGGUCCAUCAGCUUAUGCUGUUCAAGCUCCAGCAGCUUAUGCUGUUCAAGCUCCAUCAGCUUAUGCUGUUCAAGCUCCAGCAGCUUAUGCUGUUCAAGCUCCAUCAGCUUAUGCUGUUCAAGCUCCAGCAGCUUAUGCUGUUCAAGGUCCAGCAGCUUAUGCUGUUCAAGGUCCAGCAUCUUAUGCUGUUCAAGGUCCAGCAUCUUAUGCUGUUCACGGUUCAGGAGCCUAUGCUGCUUAUGAAGCUCCAUCAUACAAUGCUUUGCCAUAUGCCGCUUACAAUCAUGGACCAGCUUUCUACAGUGGACCUGCAUUGCGUUCACAUUAGUUCGCAUUUAGAACGAGGAAAGACUUAAAUAUUGACUGAUAUGCUAACAAUACCACCCGUUAGCGCAAUUUCAUUUCUAUUGUUCUCAAUGACAAAUGGAGAAAAAUUAGAGGGAAAUUGGAAUAAAAAAAUAAAUUAUUUUGUGAUGUCCCAUGUAAA